AUGAUAUCAUGCUUCUUAUUUGGAACUUGCUUUUUUAUCCGACUCAACCUUCCAUACUACCAGCUUUCCAAGAUACCAUUUGGCCUUUUUACCAAAGCACAGUGGUGCUAUCCCCUAUUUGGUCUUCCAAGCCCCGACAGUGAAGUAGGGCUGGUAUUACGAACUCUGGAGUCGGAGCUUAUGACACAAGGGCUCAGAGGUCAAGAACCGGCAGCCAGGUCUUCCGACUCCAGGCCAGGGCUCUUCCCCGUGGAUGACCCUGUCCUAGCGUCCAGCAGGGCACAGCCCUUGGCACCUCACAGGCCUGGCAAGUCUGCAGGAGGCCGUGGCUCCUCCGCACGGAGGGCGGGGUCCGGGUCAAGAGCCCGGACUGGGCCGCGACGCGGUGGAGGAAGUUCUGUCUGGUCGGAGACCGGACUUCGGAGCGGCGGCCGGGCCAGGUUUAAGGAAAAGUUGCAAAGGAGGACACUGGGGCACAUUGAGACUAAGGCCCUUUCCCUAAGUCCCAUAGCUGGUUACUCUUACCAUCCUCGUGUUAUAGAUGAGAAAACUCAGGAACGGAAAGAAACUCAGCCACCUGUGACCAAUUUGAGUGUCUCUAUCGAAAACCUCUGCACAGUCACAUGGACAUGGAAUCCUCCUGAGGGCACCAGCCCAAAUUGCAGUCUGUGGUAUUUUAGUCACUUCGGCGACAAACAGGAUAAGGAAAUUACUCUGGAAACUCAUCGUUCAAAAGAAGUGCCCCUGAACGAGAGGAUUUGUCUACAGGUGGGGUCCCAGUGUAGCACCAAUGAAAGUGAGAAACCUAGCAUUUUGGUGGAAAAAUGCAUCUCACCCCCAGAAGGCGAUCCAGAGUCAGCCGUGACUGAGCUCCAGUGCGUUUGGCACAACCUGGGCUACAUGAAGUGUUCUUGGCUCCCUGGAAGGAAUACAAGUCCUGACACCAACUAUACUCUCUACUACUGGCACAGCAGCCUGGGAAAAAUUCUUCAGUGUGAAAAAAUCUACAGAGAAGGUCAACAUAUUGCUUGUUCUUUUGAUCUGACUAAAGUGAAGGAUUCUGGUUCUGAGCAACACAGUAUCCAAAUAAUGGUCAAGGAUAAUGCAGGAAAAAUUAGACCAUCCUUCAACUUAGUGCCUUUAACUUCCCGUGUGAAACCUGAUCCUCCACAUAUUAAAAAUCUCUCCUUCCAAAAUGGUGAUUUGUACGUGCAAUGGGAGAAUCCACAGAAUUUUAAGAGCAAAUGCUUAGCAUAUGAAGUAGAAGUCAAUAACAGCCAAACUGAGACAAGUGAUACUUACCACGUGAAAGAGGCCAAAUGUCAGAAUUUGGAAUCUGAGAGAAAUACAAAGGAUACGAUUUGUUUCACGGUCCCUGGUGCUUUUCCCGAUACUCUGUACACUGUCAGAAUAAAAGUCAAAACAAAUAAGUUAUGCUAUGAAGAUAACAAACUCUGGAGUAAUUGGAGUCAAGCGAAGAGUAUAGGUGAGAAGCCCAAUUCCACCUUGUACAUAAUCAUGUUACUCCUGAUUCCAGUCAUCGUUGCAGGUGCAGUCAUAGUCCUUCUGCUUUACUUAAAAAGGCUCAAGAUCAUUAUAUUCCCUCCCAUUCCUGAUCCUGGCAAGAUUUUUAAGGAGAUGUUUGGAGACCAGAAUGAUGAUACCCUGCACUGGAAGAAGUAUGACAUUUAUGAGAAGCAAUCCAAAGAAGAAACUGACUCUGUAGUGCUGAUUGAAAACCUGAAGAAAGCCCCUCAGUGAUGGGGAUAAUUUAUUUUUAACCUUCAAUGUGACCUUGUGAAGAUUCAUCCUAUUCUCCAUUUGUUAUCUGGAGACUUAUUAAACAGAAACUGAAACUACUGGACCAUUCAAAACAGGCAGCUCGUAAGAGCCACAGGUUUUUAUGUUGAGUCACGCACAGGAAAACUAAAAAUAAUGGUGCCCUUUGGAGAAGAAGUGUGGAGUCAUUCUCAUUGAAUCAUAAAAGCAGGCAUCGUUUGUGAAGGCUUCAAUGUAGGGGACAAAGCAAAAGCUAUGAUGACACUAGAUAUUAAUCUAUCAGGAGUUGUGAUAAUUUCCUGAGGGAUCUAUGCUUGCUUUGUAUUCUUUGUGUCAAACAGCACCACCAAAUUCUCAUUUUGGGUGCAAAUGCUAAUGCUGAACUUGAGUCACAGAGAACAGCUAACCAACAAAAUUGAUAAAAUCUAGUUUCUAUUAUUUGGGAGUCCAUUGAGUAACGUUUGGGGCCAUUAAAACUCUUAACAGUCUGGAAUCAUCCCCUCUAUGACAAUUUGCUCUGCUUAGACAACCCCAGAAAUCAGUGUUAGGAUAGGAAGAUGACAGCUACAGGAAAAGCAGAGGAAGCUUCCUUACCAAAACCUUUCAAAGUUGUUGUGGGCUUUUAAGGGCAGUGAAGGCAGAGUGACUAUGGGGUCUUCAGAGUUUGAACCGUGGAGACUCUAAUGAUGGUUUUUCUUCACCCCUGUGGGUCAAGUCAAGUAUUUACAAUGUUUCUGGCUUGUGCUGUGCCCCCAGGAGUGGGACAUAGACCCUUUCGAAGGGACUCCUCAGUUCUUACCACUUUCUCUCCAGCUGGCACUCAGACCUUUGAGCUCCCCAGCUCCCUGGCCUUUGGCAUUCUCUCUCAUUUCCUUCCUCGUAACCUUUUACCUGUCAUUGGAAACUAGAAUACAAACCAGUUUAGAACACCUAGAAGAACAGGGGGUGAUUUGCAGCUCAGGUAACUGAAAAACAAUGGCUAAUUCUUGCACAUUUUAUAACUUCUGCGCGACUGCAAUUGUAUGAGGAUUUUCAGCAUUUGAUGUUUCUCUACACAUUUUCUAAACAGAUGCGGUAUUAUAUUCACUUAGAACUGAGCUGUUUUCUUGAGGAAAAAAAAAUCAUUGAAUCUUUUUCUCUCUUUACAAGAUGGGCCCUGGGAUUCUACUUUUCCCUGCCACAAAUGGUUAAUUAAGUAGGUUUUGUGCCUUAUAUUGAGUGCCAUCCAUCCCAGGCUCCAAUGUUUAUACUCUUUUUUGUUUGUUUGUUUUUGUAUAUGUUAGGGUUCUGUUCUCGGCCAUCCCUGUAACAUACCCAUAUAUAGUCCCUCUACAUUUAAAAAUGUAUGAAAAUAAGAGGCCCCCCUUUUCUCUCCUUACACAUACAGACUUAGAGUACUGGUAGGAACUGGAGAACUUCGUAUCACAAGUUCUCCAAACAUUACCAACUCUCCUUAAUACGAUAUUGCUACUUGCAAUUCCUGUUUUUAGGGGAGGGGCAUUAAGAGAUACUUGCUCUCCACAGGUCUGGGCAAGCGCGGCAGCCUCUUUUCUUGGCAGUGGAGGAGUACUGUGCCCUGGCUUCUCUGAGGAAAUCGGGACUCGUGGCCCUUUUCCUUCAUGCACUUUUUAUUUUUGAGGUCAAAAUGAGGCCAAGAGACAGGCAUGGUGGAUAUUCCACUUUGUUCUACUGUUCUCUAGAAAGAAUAUUUAGUUUUCCUGUGUAGGAAUGAAAUGAUUUCCCAGUCAGGUCUUUUAUAAUUCCAGGAAGCAAAACACUCAGUUGCUUCACCCAAGGUCAUUUUUUUUUUUCUAUUUCCCUAUUUUGGUGGCAAUUAGAUGGACGGUUUGAAAUUCCCAAGGAACGAGUGAUGCUGACUUUGGUGCAGCCUGGGGGUGGGGCAGUGUAUUUUGUUUCCAUUCCUUCUCUUUUAGCAGUAAAAUAGCUGAGGGGAAAUAGGGCAGUCUAUUUCGGGAAUACUCAAGGUGAUCUUACAGUGACUCCCAGGCUUUGGAUACUCUUGGAGGGUUCACUACAUUGGUGGGGCUCUCACCACCUGUAGGAAAUGAGUAGUUCAUUUACUGCCUUAUGUCUAACUAUAUGGAUUCCCCUCCCAUAUCUAAGUAAACCCACCAUAAGGAUGGUUCAUUCUUAUUCUUUCAUUCAGAUAAGUUUUUUCUCCAUCUGGGCACUGAAGGGAUAUGUGAAAUAAUGGUAACAUGUUUGGUAAUGUCUUUCAUUUGGGACUGUUUUUGUUUAACUUUCUAUAGGAAAGCUUGAGUCAAAUCAAUAUUGUCUUUUUGUAUGUCA